GGCGUAAUCAAACGGGACUGAGCCUGCGCAGACUCAGAAAACACCGGAGAACCUGAAGUCUCUGGAAUGGCGGGCACGGGGCUAGUGGCCGGCGAGGUUGUGGUGGACGCGCUUCCGUAUUUUGAUCAAGGUUAUGAAGCGCCUGGCGUGCGAGAAGCGGCUGCAGCGUUGGUGGAGGAGGAAACUCGCAGAUACCGACCUACCAAGAACUACUUGAGCUACCUCACAGCCCCGGAUUAUUCUGCAUUUGAAACUGACAUAAUGAGAAAUGAAUUUGAAAGACUGGCUGCCCGACAACCAAUUGAAUUGCUCAGUAUGAAACGAUAUGAACUUCCAGCCCCUUCCUCUGGUCAGAAAAAUGACAUUACCGCAUGGCAAGAAUGUGUAAACAAUUCUAUGGCCCAGUUAGAGCAUCAGGCAGUUCGAAUUGAGAAUCUGGAACUAAUGUCUCAGCAUGGAUGUAAUGCCUGGAAAGUAUAUAAUGAAAAUCUAGUCCAUAUGAUUGAACACGCACAGAAAGAGCUUCAGAAGUUAAGGAAGCAUAUUCAGGACUUAAACUGGCAGCGAAAGAACAUGCAACUUACAGCUGGAUCUAAAUUAAGAGAAAUGGAGUCAAAUUGGGUAUCCCUGGUCAGUAAGAAUUAUGAAAUUGAACGGACUAUUGUGCAACUAGAAAAUGAAAUCUUUCAAAUUAAGCAGCAAAAUGGAGAGGCAAACAAAGAAAACAUCCGGCAAGAUUUCUGAAAAGACUAAUUUGAUGGGUAGAAAGGAAGAAAAGUUGGGCUUUCACAGAAUGUCAGACAUCUGAACUUUCUCUGAAAUAUGAAGAACAGCCUCUCGUGGAAACCAUUGAUGGUCAAAUGUUUAGAAACCACAAAAGAUGUGGACUUUUGUAUUAACUCUAUUUGUAUAUCUUAAUGAAAUAAAGAUUUUCAACUUGGUAGUA